AUGGCCUCUAGGCGCCUAGCGUUCAACUUCAACCAGGCUCUCCGGAGCCGGGCUGCCCUGAAGGCUGUCCAGCCCGUCAAGCGUGGCUUCGCUUCUCCCGUUACCCUGCCUUCCUCCACCCAGACCACCACCCUCUCCAACGGUUUCACGAUUGCCACUGAGCACUCCCCCUAUGCUCAGACCUCCACUGUUGGCGUCUGGAUCGAUGCCGGUAGCCGGGCAGAGACUGACAAGACCAACGGCACUGCGCACUUCCUGGAGCACCUUGCUUUCAAGGGCACCAACAAGCGUUCCCAGCACCAAUUGGAGCUUGAGAUCGAGAACAUGGGCGCUCACCUGAACGCCUACACCUCGCGCGAGAACACCGUCUACUACGCCAAGUCCUUCAACAACGAUGUCCCCAAGGCCGUCGACAUCCUCGCCGACAUCCUCCAGAACUCCAAGUUGGAGCCCGGUGCCAUUGAGCGCGAGCGCGACGUCAUCCUCCGUGAGCAGGAGGAGGUCGACAAGCAGCUCGAGGAGGUCGUUUUCGACCACCUCCACGCCACUGCCUUCCAGCAACAGCCCCUCGGCCGCACCAUCCUCGGCCCCAAGGAGAACAUCCAGACCAUCUCCCGUGACAACCUGGUCGACUACAUCAAGACCAACUACACUGCCGACCGCAUGGUCCUGGUCGGUGCCGGUGGCAUCCCCCACGAGCAGCUCGUGAGACUCGCUGAGGAGCACUUCGGUGCCCUGCCCAGCAAGCCCCCUACCUCUGCUGCCCUGGCCCUCACCGCCGAGCAGAAGCGUACCCCCGAGUUCAUCGGCUCUGAGGUCAGAGUCCGUGACGACACCCUCCCCACCGCUCACAUCGCCCUUGCCGUCGAGGGUGUCAGCUGGAAGGAUGACGACUACUUCACCGCCCUGGUUGCCCAGGCCAUCGUUGGUAACUGGGACCGUGCCAUGGGCAACUCCCCCUACCUUGGCAGCAAGCUCAGCUCCCUGGUUGAGCACCACGGCCUCGCCAACAGCUUCAUGAGCUUCUCCACCAGCUACAGCGACACUGGUCUCUGGGGUAUCUACCUCGUCUCCGAGAACCUGACCAACCUCGAUGACCUGUGCCACUUCGCUCUCCGCGAGUGGUCUCGCCUGUCCUUCAGCGUCACGCCCGCCGAGGUUGAGCGUGCCAAGGCCCAGCUCAAGGCCUCGAUCCUCCUCUCCCUCGACGGCACCACCGCCGUUGCCGAAGACAUUGGUCGCCAGAUCAUCACGACCGGCCGCCGCCUCAGCCCCGAGGACGUCGAGCGCACGAUCGGCCAGAUCACCGAGAAGCACGUGAUGGACUUCGCCCAGCGCAAGCUGUGGGAUCAGGACAUCGCCAUGAGCGCCGUCGGCAGCAUCGAGGGUAUCCUCGACUACCAGCGUCUCCGCUCGGACUUGAGCCGCAACGCUGCUUAG